GGUUACCCCAAGUCUGGCGGCAGUAAAAGCUCCAUGAAGGUUAGCUUUGGUCAUUUUUUGAUGAUGGAGGAGGACAAUCAGAUUCUCCUGGAAAUCUGGGAGACCUUCCUGGAGGAGGUGACACGGCAGAAGGCCUCAGAGGAUGCCCAGCACAGUCUGGUGCCACAAAUAUUUGCCAAAGGCAGUUCUCCUCUCCACCCUGGCCCAGGCUGUGCUGGGCACCUGGGGUGGACCAACUCUGGUCCUCACCCUCAAGGAGGGGAGAUGGUUGCUGGGCUUGGAGGGAAGGAAUGUGGCCAGAAGAUACAAACUGCUGGAGGAAUGAGGAGGCAAUCGGGGAAGGCUUCCUGGAGGAGUGGCCCUGGAGCAGACAAGGGAACAGUGUGUGCAAAGGCCGGGCAUGGGAGUCUGGGUGAGGAUGGUGGUGGGGGCUGGGCCGGAUGCCCAGGCUCGUGGCAGGCCGCUGGAUUUGGCUGGGGUGGUGGUGGAGGGGAGAGGAGGAGGGAACUGGGGUCUGGGGAGCCCCUUCUGAGGUUCAGCUGGGCUCUGGGGCUAGGGGGCCCCGUCACCUCAGCUCCAUCCUGGACGGGCCUGCAGCUGAUAUUUGCUGAGCACACGCUGUGUGGGGGGCCGGGCCGUGCCCUCUCGCUCCCCACAACCCCCUCGGAGGGAGGUGCGGCCAUCGUGGCCAUUUUCCAGAUGGGAAAACAGGCUCGGAAGAGCUAAGCAGCGUGCCCGGGGCCUGGGGCCAGAAGCAGUUCCAUCCGCGUGCGGCCGCUCUCUGCACAGGCUGCCCCCUGCGGCCGUCAGAGGCUGUGCCCUUGGCUGGGGGUCCAGCGCCUUGUCCGUGGGGACAGCACCACCCUGUUGGGCUCAGGCCCCCCUCCCCACUGUCCUGAGCAGCACCUCCCACGCCCACGUGCCAGCUGCUUCAGUGCCCUUUGCAGCCAGGGUCUGGCUCCACCCAGGGCUGUGGCCAGGCUGGUGGCCCCCCAGCCAGAGGACCUGGGGGCUCAGCAUGAAGCCGGGUGCGGGCCUGGGCUCGAGCUGGGCGGGGAAGAGGCACAAGCUAGCUCGGCCCCUGCCCUGGGGGGGUGACAUAAUCCCUUCCUUCUGGGGAACACCCCGUCUGGUGGGGUGAUGGCUCUUGCUUGCAGGCACCACCCAGUCUAAUGAGAGCUCUGGUUCUUUCCUCAUCAGCGAGUGCGAUGGUGGAGACACGGGCAUGCCCUGUCUGACGGAGGCCAUCGUGUAGUGGACUCACAAGGCAGGUCUGCCAGGUGAAGGCUCAUCAGCGUGUCCACCCAAGGGACGCCCUGGGUUCCUCCCAAAGUGGGCCUACCAGUCUGACCAUCAGUCAGUUCUGCUGCCCAGACUGGGUUGUGCUCACUGGCCGGUGAGGUCCCUGAGGUGAAAGGUCCCGGGUGGACUGCCUGUCUCCCCUGGCUGCAUGGCCUUCAGUCCCUGCAGCUAAGAAAAAGCAGAAAUCUACAGUCCCCUCUCUUCACCCCUCCUGCUGCACUUGGCUCUCAUCGGAGAGGAAUGGUGGGACCACAGGGCUCCCUGAAACAGAAGGAGCUGCGUGUCACGCUAACUCAUCAGUUAGCGUGAGCCCCAUGGCAGGGAGUGCGGAGGAGCUGAAGAGCCCUGAUGGCAGAAAGCGAAGAGGAACUAAAGAGCUGCUUAUUGAAGGUGAAAGAGGAAAAAGCUGGCUUACAACUCAACAUUCAAAAAGCUAAGAUCAUGAAAUUCAGUCCCAUGGCAAAUCGUUGGGGAAACAAUGGAGACAGUGAAAGAAUUUAUUUGGGCUCCAAAAUCACUGCAGAUGGUGACUGCAGUCAUGAAAUUAAAGGACUCUUGCUCCUUGGAAGAAAAGUGGCCAACCUAGACAGC